AUGCAGUCGCAAGAGCAGCUGUGCACCGAGCUGCUCGCCUUUGAGAACCAGCUGCUAAACACGCUCGCGAGCCACAGCGAGGCGCGCCUGGCACGUCUGCGUGCCGCCGCCGAGCACAUCAAGCGCGAGGUGCUUGCGCGCCAGGAGCGAGGCACGCUGUCGCCGUCGACGUGCCACCUCGGGGCGCGCGUCGGCCAGCGCCUCGAGCGGCUUGCCGGCCUGCUCCGCUCGCAGGAGAACGAGGCGGUGGCGAUGCGUACCAUGACGCAGAACGAGCUGCUGCUCCUUUUGCAGCGCACGCCGUCGCUGCAGGAGACGCCAAACCGGGGGGAUAAGGGGGAGACGACGCUGAACGCGUCGCGCAUGCGGACCUGGUUCUUGCACAACCUCGGCUACCCUUUCCCGACACGCGACGACAAGCUCCAGAUCCUGGAGGAUACCAACGCCGAGGCGAAAAGCCGCGCCGAUUGCCUCGUGUACAACCAGGCGGUGCUCUGGUUCAUCAACACCCGCCGGCGCUCAGGCUGGACGCGUUUCCUGCGCAGCUAUGCGGGCGACGACAAGGCCAAGAUGCUCCAGAUUGCGUGGGCAUUGCAGAACGAGGAGCCGGACGAGGACAGGAUAUGGUAUGCAGGGCCGCUCUUUGUGCAUGGCAUGCCGCAUAGGGUGCGGGAUGGACGGACCGUGCAUCCCAGGUCGCUGCGCCAUGUCUUUCCCGAGGCCAGCGAGCGGUUCUUGAAUGACUUGCGCAGCGACUGGUACGCAGUCGUCGAGCGUGUCAAGGUCGGCGUCAAGGAGCGCGUCGGCGACUGGAUCGACGAGGUCCUGCGCCUCUCGGGCACGGGGCACGAGGCACAGGAGCAGCCCCGGCCGACGACGCGGCGUGCGAGCGCUCGGAAGUAG